AUGCAAGAACUAUAUGACAUAACAGAUAUUAAAAACCAAUUAGAAACAACAAAUUCUAAUACUUUUAAUAUUAUUUCAGAAAAAAAUAAAUACACUUUAUAUAAUUUUCCUUCUUCAUCUAAUUUACAACAAAAAACAAUUACUUAUACAUCAAAUGGUAUUAAAGAUUUAGUACCAGAUGAUGGUUAUGAAGGAAUAUCACAAGCUAAAAUUAACAUUAUUGUACCACAACAAUCAUUACAAGAAAAAACAAUUACUUACACAACAAGAGGAACACAAACACUGCUACCAGAUACAAAUUAUGAUGGAAUAUCUAAAGCAACAAUUAAUAUAGAUGUACCACAACCAAUAUUUAAUGAAAUAAUAGCAAAUAUUUCAGAUAAUGGAACAUAUAAUUACACUCCAAAUCCUUCAACAGAUGGUAUUUCUAAAGUAACAAUAAAUGUAAAUGUUUUACAAUAUUUCAUAGAUAAAUUAAAUUGUUAUUACUUAAACACUUCACAUAUACAAAAUUUAAGAGAAAUAUCAACAAUUAUUGUAUAUGGACCAACAGCAGAAGUGAUAUCAACUGGACAAAUAGAUGGGGAAGAUUUAUAG